GUUUCUGUGAAAUCCCCUGCUUCCUGUGGCCAGAGCCCUUCCUGUGGAGCACCCCCAGCGUGUGGAGCCUGCCCCACACACCAUCCCCUGCCAAACCACGGCCUUUACCUGCGUGUUCCGCUGCUUCCCGUGCGACCCGUCCUGCGGGAGCGCCUCCUGGGCCACCCCCGACUUCAGCCAGCGCUCAGUGGCUCCAAUGGUGAAGAUGACAAGGUCCAAAACUUUCCAGGCGUACCUGCCUUCGUGCCACAGGACCUACAGCUGCAUCCACUGCAGGGCUCACCUGGCCAACCACGAUGAGCUCAUUUCCAAGUCCUUCCAGGGCAGCCAAGGACGAGCGUACCUCUUCAACUCCGUAGUCAACGUGGGCUGUGGCCCUGCAGAGGAGAGGGUGUUGUUAACAGGACUGCACGCCGUGGCAGAUAUUUACUGUGAAAACUGCAAAACCACGCUGGGCUGGAAAUAUGAACACGCCUUUGAAAGCAGCCAGAAGUAUAAAGAAGGCAAAUACAUCAUUGAACUAGCUCACAUGAUCAAGGAUAAUGGCUGGGAUUGAGGCAGGGCCGGCCCCAGCCGCGUGCACGAGGCGCCAUCCGAACAUUGUACCCGAGAGUGAGAGAGUGACUGAACGCUUGGUUCCAUGCAUUUAGAGGCUCUGCAACCCAGGAGCAUCUUCACACCCUUCUCCAUCUUUAUUGGUGACUGGCCUCUAAAUUUCUGUCUCUCUGUCUCUUUGCUUUGUAUCUGUUUGUGAGUUGACCCUGGCUGCUUCUCUCUCUGUUCUGCCGUUGGCUCAGAGAAUGCACCGAAUGCCCGACAGCCAUUCCAUGUGCCCAGAGCUCAGCCCGGCCUGCCCUGGGCUCUCCUGGCACCUCCAGGUGGGGGAGGAAGACCCCGAGGUUUGGGCAGGAGGAGGUGGGGGAGUGGGGCCCCAGGGGAACCCUCAGAGGGUGAUGCUGUGCUUCUCCUUUCAGUCCUGGCUAAGCAAGGCUUGAAACCAUCUCCUUGGCUAAAUGGACAGAGAAAUACCUACUUGUCUGAAUGGAUAGAGAAAUAUCCACUUGUCUGAAUGGAUAGAGAAAUAUCCACUUGUCCAAAAAGGACAGAGGAAUAUCUCCUUGUGUGAAAGGACAGAAGUUCCCUCACGGCUGUGUUUGCUCCCCGAGUCCAUGGGUGGAGCCUCAGCCCGAGGCAGAGCCAGCUCCCCCCACAAUCUGAGUUUUGUUUGCUAUUUAUGAGCUCCUUGUUGGAGGGGGCAGGGCCUGGAGGCUGGAGAGAUUCCCUGCCUCUCCUUUUUCUCGCUGGUUCAGGGUGGGGAGGAUGAAUGUCCCAGGGGAGUGUGGCCCUGGGGAGCGUCCCCGCGGCUGGAGAAACCAAACCCUGACUCUGAGCCCUUCAGAGAGGAGGAGAAAACCACUUCAGGCACAGGGAGGCUGGAACUGCAGCCUAGAAAACGUGGAGGGGUGAAAAAAAGCACGUGUGAGGCAAGGAGGGGGAAAUUCCAUAGAGGAGGACGGGGACACACAGUGACAGAGGGUACCCCUGGAUUUCCUGGCCUCCCCUGAGCACCCUUGGUGGUGUUUUACCAAUCUCUCACAAGUGCAAGGAGGAAGAUGCUGUUACAGAACCUUUUCCUUGAAUGGAGGCUCCACUGGGGGGCCUGGCACAGAAAUGGGGCGAGCAGGGAGCUGAGUUGCUGGCAGGGGUGUGGCACAGGUGGAUAUUUCAAGCCCUGAGGUAUCCCCCCCAAAUCAUCCCCCCUUUUCCCUCUCCCAAAAGCCCAUUGCAGAAAAAGAAAUCCAACAUCUUCCCACCAGCCCUGGAAUGAUUUAUUGAGGGGGAUGGGGGUGUCAGAACUGCAAGGGACAGCCAGUCCUUCCCAUUUUCAUUUGUCCCUGGUGAUUCCCCAGGGGAUGGUGGGGAAGGGGUGUCCUGUGGCCAGGGGAGCUGUGUCAGGCCAGAAGGAAAUGAGGAGUUUGCUCUGCAGCAGCCCAGCCAGUAUCUGGUGCACAACCCAGGACUUUGGAGCUGAGUUCAUUGUGUCUCUCCCCCAGUGAAUUUUUUCUUUUUGUUGGCAGAAUUCUUUCAAGUAGGUUAAUCCAUGGGGGGAAAUCUUCCUUAAUCCAGAAGGAAAGAGUGUUGUGCAGGGGGUGGUGGCUCCUUGUGAAACAGGAGCUUUGGAGCUGUGAUCUCUCAUCACUGGCCCCCAGCCUGAGAGAUCCCAGGGGGCUGUGGAGGAGUCACUGGAUGUUCACUUGGCAGGGAAUGGGAACAGGGACUCUCCUUAAGGAUCAGGCUGGAAUUCAGGGUUGGAUCCUUGUGCUGACAGCCAAACCUGAUGAAGCAAAGGUUGUUUUUUUUCUCUCUCUCAAAGCUCUGUUCUUGACAGCCUUGGAGAAAUGAGGUGGAGUUGGCUCCUGCAGGGGCUGGAGUUUGUGACCAACCUGUCCAGAGGUGGCUUCUGCCCUCACCCUCCUGCUCUGGCUGUGUAACAAUUGCUUCAGCUUUUGUUUUGGAUUGUCUCUGCUUCUGCCAGCCACAUUCCCUCAGUGACAAAUGCAGCAAAACUCAGAAAUUCCACAGCACCUGCUGUCCUGUGGGUCUGGCACUGCCCUGGUGCCAUUUCCCUGCCCUUUCAUUGAGGAUCCAUGGCAGUUCAUUGGGUUUUGACUAGUGGGAAGUAAUUCCUGUUCUUCAAAGAGCUCUUCAGUCUGCACAGAGCCUUUGAAGGAGCUGGGAGAGGAAAGGGAUCAUCCCAAACCCUGUGAGGCUGAGGAGAGCACACAGGGCUCGUGGUUUGAUGUUGGGAUUUGGAGUGACUGCUGAUCAAAAAGCAAAAUAAAAGGCAGGGCUGUGCAGAGAACUGCUCUGAGAAAUGCCAGCUGGAAAUGGUUUUAUCCAUUCAUUUGGGACAAAAAAGGAACUGCCCCAUCAGACCUGGCUGGUUUUUACUGGUCACAGGUGCUGGGCUUUUAAUGGCAACCAGUCCAAGCUUGAAUAGGGCCAGGUCUUAAUCUGCUUUUAAUUGGUUUUGUCCUGUCAGUGUCUGCUCAGAGCCGUGAGCCCAGUGUGUGGCUGUGCCCAGCACCCAGAGAACUCCCUGGGGAGAGGAGAAAUUGGCUUUGUGAGCUCCUGUGUGAGUCCAGGGAGCAGGAGGAGCUUGAGCUGCCUCCUGACUGCCCUGGGGGCUGGCAGGAAUUUGGGAGCUGUGCUGGUGGCACAGAGUGACACACUCAGAGAUAACCAAAGAACUUUUCUGCUGAGCUGAGCCAGGUGGGGCCCCUGGGAGCUGCUUUCCAUGGGCAGCAGCCUGGGGAAAACAGGAACAGCAGUGAGUUUUCCUCCUUUUCGUGGUGUCCAGCCUCGUGUCUGGGCAGCUGUGAGCACCCUUGAGUUUACAUCCCCCCCUCUACCCCAAAGCUCAGACUUGAGUAAGUUUUAAUUUGUUUUUGCUCUGGUGUGAAAUCCUGACCCCUGUAAGAAAUAUCCAGAUGAUAAUAUAUACAAGGCAGAAAAAAAUAACCCCCAGACGUUACCUUGUGAAAUAUACUUUUGUAAAUAAUAUUUAAUUUUUUUUAAAGAAAUAAUAUAUUUGGUGCUGUUUUCUCAGAGCCCCUCCCUGAGAGCACUUUUUUUGUUGUUGUUGUCGUUUAUGAUGAUCCUGUUUCCUUCUGUAUUUGUUGGAAAAUAUGUUUAAAGGGAAACAAAACUGGUAAUUGACGUUGUCCUCUGAGGUGGAUCCGUGUUUCCUGUGGAUGUGGCAGGGGAGGGGACAGGUUUGGUGGCUGGGCUGGGGACAGCAGCCCCCAGGGGGGAUGUUUGGUUUGGGGGGGCUGCAGGCACUCAGGGGGCUCCAGGUCCCCUCUGGCUUCCCCAGAUCCCCUUUGCUCCCAGCAGGAAUCCCCCGGGGCUCCCCUGUCCCUGGUGUGGAGGAUCCAGGCCUGGAGUUUGCCUUGCACCACUUUUGGCUGGAGUGCAGCAGACCUGGAGCUGCAGGAGCUGGGCUUGGACAGGAGCUGCAGCCUCAGGUAGCAGGGAUGGAGUUGGAGCUUUGAACCCAACGUUGAUUUUAACCCAAACCACAAAUCUUUGGUUUUAUUUUUGAGGGGAGUUUCUUUUCCUUGUUGUUUUGGUUUUUUUUGGUUUUUUUUUAACCAGGCUGCUACAUAACAAAUUAGAGUAAAAGUUUACCUCUCUUGGCAGUAAAGUUCAUUUAUUUUGUUCUCCUUUCUGUCUUUAAUCUGCCCCCUUCUCACCCUCCUUCGUUUUUAUUUCAUCUGGUCUCUUGUUUAUCCCAAAGUGGACCAACAGCACAAACCACUGGACUGUGUUUUGCUGAGCAAGGAGCUGUUCAAGAACUGGUGCAGUUCUUUGGUUCUCUGGGUUUGGUGCUUCAAACCCCAGAGGAACAAAACCACCCCUGUGAAACCAGCCCCCUGUUCUCGUGAUGAUCAAGUGGGAAUUCUCUCUCUGUGUGAUUUUUCCUGGCUGCUCUGUGAGCGUGUGUGAAUCAUGCAUUUCACUGCACUCCCCUGCUUUGGGAGCAGCUUCCAGCUGAAGCAGUUUUGGGAUGAAGAGGGGACACCAAGCACCAAGCUCAGCUGGGUGGGAAGGAGCUCAGUGCUCAGAAACAAUCAGGUUAGAGAUUUUCUGCAGAAAUCCUGGUGAAAAAGAACAAGCAGAAGAGGGGAAACGAAAUCAUCUUGAAUUCAGAAAAGUAAAUAAAUCAAGAAUCAAUAUAUUUAAAUGCAAGCAGAAUGGCAUUGUGUAAGGUACAGCCACAGAUAAGCUGUUCUCAUCGUUACAACUGUGUGUAUCCUUUGUUUUGUUCUUCCUAAGGAAAUGGGAAUGCUUUCCCCACUGACAAAACUAAGGACAAUAUUUCCAAUACCAGCCUGUCUAUGGAUGCUCUUGUGUUUACAAAUUGUGUAUAUUUUUAUUUCUUUGAUCUUAUUUUAAUUUUUUUUUUGCAUAUUCUUUCAGGUCAUUUGCUUCAGUCAUAAAUGCAAUUGUUUGUUUUCAAAUAAUUGGUUUUCACCUUUUCAUGUAUUUGUACAUUGUAUAUAGUUCUUCAGUAUUAGAGGGAGGCGUAUUGUUUGUCAUAUUUACAAUAUGUGUUGGUGCUCAUUUGAGAAAAUAAAAUUUUCAAGUACUAAA